CAUAUAGGUGGCUUUUGAAAGAUGUGCUGUGAAACAAACAGGAGGUUUCUGCUGCUUUACGCAUCCCAGAAGGGCCAGGCGAAAGCCAUCGCUGAAGAGAUUUGCCAGCAAGCCACGGAACAUGGAUUCAAAGCUGAUACUCACUGCAUCAGUGAGUCAGACAAGUAUAACUUGAAGAGAGAAAAGGAACCUGUGGUAUUCGUCAUUUCCACAACAGGUGAUGGAGAACCGCCAGACACAGCAAUCAAGUUUGUUAAAGAAAUUAAUGACAAAACCCUGCCAUUGAAUUACUUUUGCCAUUUACGAUAUGGAUUACUUGGUCUGGGAGACUCGGAGUACACGUUCUUCUGCAAUGGCGGGAAGCUAAUAGACAAACGUUUUCAGGAACUCGGAGCACAGCAUUUUUAUGAGACUGGGCUAGCUGACGACACUGUAGGUUUGGAGCUGGUGGUUGAUCCAUGGAUCGCUGGGCUUUGGGCUGCCCUCAAUCAAGAAUUUGCUUCAAGGAAAGAAGACCCAGGCUACCGUGACAAGACUGCCUCUCUUAGGGCAAGCAUAGAUUACAGAAUAGAGCAUUUAAAACUAGAAGAUUUGGCAGUGCAAAAUGCUGUUUUAUCUAAAAGUGAAGGAGAGGUUAACCCAGUGCCUCCCAUUCAAGACUCUCAGCCUUCCCUUUCCCGAUCAGCGCCUUCACUUUCGCAGUCUGCUCUUAAUGUACCUGUUUUGUCACCGGAAUACCUGGAAGUAGAAUUUCAAGAAAACAGCAACCAGGAAAGUUCUCCUAUGGAGGACCGCCUGCCUCUGAUUUCUGAGAGGCCCCUUGUCUACGUUCCUGUGUCCAGAGCUGUUCGACUGACAAGGGAUGAUGCUGUGAAAACAACUUUGCUGUUAGAGCUCGAUAUCUCUGAGACAACUUUCAGCUACCAGCCUGGCGAUGCCUUUAAUGUCAUUUGCCCCAACUAUGCCAGUGAGGUGGAUGAGCUGCUUCACUUUUUGGGGUUGUCAGAAAAGAAAGAACAUCUUGUUUGCUUGAAGGUUAAGCCCGGCACUAAAAAGAAAGGAGCAGAAGUGCCAUGGUAUAUACCUGAAAAAAGUUCUGUGAAUUUUAUCCUGACAUGGUGUCUGGAAAUAAGAGCAGUUCUCAAAAAGGCAUUUUUACGCUCCCUAGUAGAGUAUACAGCUGAUGCUGGGACAAAAAGGAGGCUUCAAGAGCUGUGCAGCAAACAGGGGGCCUCAGAUUACAAUGCUUUUGUCCGAGAUGCUGGUGUCUGCCUGCUGGAUCUGCUCUGUGCUUUCCCAGCCUGCAAGCCUCCGCUGAGCCUGCUGAUUGAGCAUCUUCCCAAACUGCAAGCUAGACCCUACUCUGCCGCAAGCUCCAGUUUAUCUCAGCCUGGAAAGAUGAGUUUCAUCUUUAAUGUUCUGGAGUUUCCAUCUCAUCUAGGUGAACAGCGAAGAGGCGUCUGUACUGGCUGGCUGGCUGGACAGGUUGCCCCGCUGCUUCGGUUGGAUAUGAAGACCCAAGUGCCCUUCAGGCCAGAGAUUGUAAUAUCUUCUCGGCUGAUCAACACUUUCCACUUGCCGGAUGAUCCCUCGGCCCCUUUGCUGAUGGUGGGUCCGGGAACUGGGAUUGCUCCAUUCAUGGGCUUCCUACAACAUCGAGAGAAACUUCAAGAAGACUACAAAGAGAGGACUUUUGGAGAGACAUGGCUGUUUUUUGGCUGCCGCUCAAAGGCCAAAGAUUACUUUUUCCAAGAUGAGCUCCAGCACUUUGUUGAGAAUGGCACUUUGACUCACCUUAAGGUUUGUUUCUCAAGAGACUCUCCAGCCCAGCCAGCUGCUCCAAAAUAUGUGCAAGAUCACCUUUGGCUUUGUUCGAAAGAUGUUACCAGGAUUCUGCUGGAGGAGAGAGGAUAUUUAUACGUGUGUGGGGAUGCAAAGAAUAUGGCUAAAGACGUGAAUGACACAUUAGUGAAUAUCUUAAUCUCUGAGAGAAAAGGUGAUAAACUGGGAGCGCUGAAAAUACUGGCUACAUUAAGAGAAGAGAAAAGAUACCUUCAGGAUAUCUGGGCCUAAGAACCAGAACAAUCUUUGUGCUCACACAGAAUUUGGCAUUGUUGAUCUCUGUGGAGGCUGCUUCCGGUUUCAGUGACAGCUUUGUCAAUUACACCUGCAUCCUUUAAAGCAGGGGUGUCGAACUCAUUUGCUAUGAGGGCCGGAUCUGACAUAAAUGAGACCUUGUUGGGCCGGGCCAUGUCGGGCCGGGCCGUGUGUGUACUUAUUUAAGAUUAAGUAGCAGAGAUAUAAAUUUUAUAAAGGACACAAAUUAAAUAUAUAUUUUUAAAAACCUAAAAGAUGCUUAAAACGUUAGCACUCUUCGGUCUUAAAGGUGCUUUCUUUGCCAGUUGCUCGGGGGCCUGAUGGGAGCCCUCCGAGGGCCUGAUUCGGCCCCUGAGCUGCAGGUUUGGUGCCCCUGCUUUCAACCAUCUGACGCAUAAUUUGUCUCAUCUGUUAGUCGGCUGUCUCAUCCCAGUGAAAAGUGUCCACGCCUGCACAGUCAUUUCACAGAAGAGUUUGCACAAACGGUGUUUCUUAAUAAAGAAAUCAUUUAUGGACA